AUGCCGGACUGGACCUGGUUGCUAUUGGCUGCCCUCUUCGGAGCUGUCUCCGCCCUCGCCGUACCUUUAGCGUUGUUGUUCUAUUUCUUUCGUCCCUUUGAGAAGAAACUACCUGUAGAAGAGGAAUUUAGUAUACCUAUAACUUUACCCCCGGAAAUUUUAAAUGAACUUACACGCGGAGCAGGGAGUACGCCCGAGGGAGCUCUCAAUGCUAUGCUGCAGUUCAUUUUCCAGCAAAGCACUGCGGAUACACGCUGGUUACGACGACGUAUGGCUAAUGAAUUAGCUGAGUUACUAGCAAAAACAUCAUCUGGAAAGAUUUUUGAAUCUCUUACGCUCCGGUCAUUGGAAGUAGGUACAGAAUUUCCCAGCAUCACAAAUCUGCGACUUGCGAAUGGUGAACUAGAAGAUGACGGUGCUAGACUCCGCUCUCUAGACCUCAAGUGCGACCUCCAGUACGACGGUAGCUUCAGAAUAGAAGUCGACGCCGUCAUGCUCUUAGGAAAAAUAGCUAAUAUUUCUAUAACGGUGGAAAGUAUAAGCGGCAACGUACGUAUAAUGUUUCGGCGCACACCCUACACUCAUUGGGCGAUAGCUUUCGAGGCACCUCCUCGUCUGGAACUGCGAGUACGUGGUCGUUUUCAAGGGAGACAACUAAAGCCGCGUCUGGCAGCAUUAGUUGCUGCUCAUAUUCGUCGUGCUAUAGCUCAAAGACAUACACUCCCUAAUUAUAAAAUUCGAUACAAACCGUUCUUUCCAAAGUCGGAACCAGGUAGUACUGAUGGAGAAGAUGGACCGACACCACACGGUCGUCUCACGGUACGGUUAGUUGAAGUCACACGUCUUCAUUGGGCUGGUGGCAAUGGUAGCGUACGAGCUGCUUUAGCUGUGGACUCCCAUGGAUGGGUGUCGCUUCGUCGUGGUAUAUUAGUACUGGAUGUUGUAUUGCCAGCAGUAACCGGGCCGCUAGGGCUCGUAUGUUGCCAAGGAGUGGGUGCAGUAUUAGUAGAUACAGUUGUGCCAAUGUCUCCCGCUUAUAGAGCUGAUCUACGACGUGAUGAUGUGGUACUGGCCAUUGAUAAUAAACCCGUAAACAAUGUUGCACAGGUUGGUAAGCUGCUACGCAGUGUAGAACGUCGAGCAGUCACAGUACGUGUACGAAGAGGAGGUGCUGGAGGAUCUGCUCGCAGAGAGGAUGAGCCAAAACGAUUACGAACAAACUUCUCUUUCAGACGAGUUUCUGAAGUCAUGGAGGGAGUUCGACUGCAAGGCAUGAGAACAGCUGUUUCGAAAAAUAAUCUAACCGAAUCUGAUUCACCUUCAAAAUCUCCGGAGCAACAAAGUGAUACUGAACAUAUCAAACAAAAAGUAGAUCCUGUACGUCAAAUAUCAAAAGCACCAGAAAUUGGACCUGCCAACUACGGAUUACGCAAACGUCGAUGUUCAGUGGAAAACAAAUCCUCUGACAGUUCUGCUGGAAGUACUCCACCGGCUUCUGGAGCUAGCACUCCACUGCGACAAGCAACAGCUACCACUAAAACUGUGAAACACCCAGAUAUACCAAUUAUAAGAACCGACUCCUCAGAAUGCAGGAUAACAGAAAAGGCUGAAAAUACUUUAGAAGAAGAAGAACUAUUUGAAACAGGUGGCCCGAGGCAGACUGAGCAUGUGGAGAUAUGUCAAAUGUUUUGGACUAAAAGUGUACAAAUUAGACCAAUUAUACCAUUUGACGAGGAAACCGAAUUUAAAUUGAAUGAAAAUCACAAGUACCUGAAUAUAAACGUCUGGGCAACUGUGCCUGGCGAGAAAGAUGAAGUUUUGUUAGGAUAUUUAAAUAUACCAUUAGCGGCAUUGCUUAGCGAGUGCCAAGACUCUACCGUUCCUCAUCAUAUGAAGCGGUACCAAUUUUUGCCGCCGGAUGUCGAUAUUAAAUUUAGUAAAACUCAUAAAUUAGCGUCUCACGCCGGAUUCGAGCCGUGUUUAUGUUUUGGUGAUGCACUUGUAUGGUGGGAGUGGGAGGACGCUGGUAGCGUAAGGGCUCCGCGUCCUCCACCUCGAGGGCCAGUACCACCACGAGGUCCCGCUCAGCCAACAAGAACGGUUCAUGAUUUCGUUCGCACUCAUUUCCACAGAUCCACCCAAUGCGAUUUCUGCAACAAAAAGAUAUGGCUCAAAGAUGCAAUGCAGUGUCGUAACUGCGGGCUCUGCUGUCACAAGAAAUGUGUAACAAAAUGCCAAGAGACUUCGCCUUGUGUAGCACGACAAGACCGAGAUCAGACAGCAGGGAACAAUUGCCCUCCACCAGAGCUCAUCAUGACGGAGCCAGAUAACAUUAUGGAUCCUGAGUCUGAUGAAGAUGAAAAAUGUGAAAGAAAAGACUCAUUAGACGUUCAAGAAGAAGGCGGAGGUGCAAUGAGUGCAAUAGUAGCGGGGCUGCGACGGGCAGGCUCGGCUCACUCCCUGUGCGCUCCCAAAAGCAACGCUUCCUCCCGCUCCUUGCCACCCUCGCCCAGUCAUACUCCAAGGAAACAAUCGCUAGAGUCAGCCAAUCCCUUCAGCGGUUGUGGUACAACCUGGCUAGCUCGAGGCGGCGUGGGUGCGAUGUUGCAGCCCGCUCUGCGCAGCGCUCUACCACCGGAUGCACUACUCGCCGCCGCCCGCGACUCUGCCCCAGACCUUGCUUCGAAGCUCACCCCAACACAAAUACAUGAAAUGCUACAAGCAGUACGAGAGGAGCUAUCGGCGUCAGACGCGGGUGGCGAGGAAGGCGGUGAGGGCCGGGCGUGCGCGCUCACCGCACUCAUGCUGCACUGCUGCGCGGCCGCUCAGCUCGCCCAGCAACGUGCUGCCGACGGACUCAACACU